AUGGCUCCCGCGGCAAUCACCCCCGAAGUCUCCCCCGAGCGCCCCAUGACUGUCAAAAAGAUCGAGACCAACCGCUCGCACUCGAGCUCCGUCUCCUCUGUCCGCUCCGCGCACUCUAUCCAGCUCAACGACGGCAACUCCAUCCCCACCGUCGCCCUCGGCGUCUACAAGGCGCCCAACGGCCAAGAAACCGAGGACGCCGUGACGGCCGCCCUCGACGCCGGCUACCGCCACAUUGACUCGGCCGCGCGCUACGCCAACGAGGAGGCCUGCGGCCGCGCCAUCCGCCGCUGGCUCGACAAGACGGGCACCCCGCGCGAGGACGUCUUCGUCUGCUCCAAGCUCUGGGACGCCGACCACGGCUACGAAGCCACCUUCAACGCCCUCUGCUCCUCGCUCGACAAGUUUGGCCUCGAGUACCUCGACCUCUACCUGAUCCACUCGCCCGCCGACGACGAGGAGAAGCGCCUCGAGUCGUGGCGCGCGCUCGAGACGGCGCAGCGACUUGGCAAGGUCCGCUCCAUUGGCGUCUCCAACUUUGGCGCCGCGCACAUUGAGAACCUGAUUGAGAACUCGACCGUCGUGCCGGCCGUCAACCAGGUCGAGGUCCACCCCUUUUGUCAGCGUCAGGCCCUCGUCGACGUGUGCGACAAGUACGGCAUCAAGAUUGAGGCCUACUCUCCCCUGGCCCGUGGAAACAAGCUCGAGGACCCUACUAUCGGCAGGAUUGCUGAAAAGUACGGCAAGACUCCUGCGCAGGUCCUCCUCAAUUGGAACGCUGCCCGUGGAAACGUUGUCCUGCCCAAGUCUUUGACUGCGCACCGCAUCAAGAGCAACUUUGAGUCUUUUGACUUUAAGCUCGCUCCUGAGGACGUCGCUAGCAUCGACGCUCUGGAGUCCAACUAUGUCACCGGCUCCAUGCACAAGUCUUCUGACUAA